AUGGCUGACGAAAAACGAUCACCGUCUCCUUCUCAUCAGGAGGAUGGACCUAUCGAGCGACCUCCAGGAUGGAAAUACAAGGGCUUCAGGGUUCUCGGCAAGGAGCAUUGGUAUGCAUCGCCGAGCGUCCAGCUCUUCUUGGUUUCCAUGGUUUGCUUCCUCUGCCCUGGCAUGUUCAACGCCCUGAGCGGCAUGGGUGGUAUGGGCUUGAAGGACUUGCGAGCUAGCGCCAAGGCUAGCACCGCUCUUUACAGCACAUUCGCAGUCGUUGCGUUCUUUGCAGGCACGAUUGCUAACCGCCUGGGUCUUCGCCUUACCCUGACCAUUGGAGGAAUCGGUUACUGUGUUUACAUCUCGUCGUUUCUCUGCUAUGCCCAUACAAGCAACAAUGGCUUUGUGAUCUUUUCUGGUGCCCUUCUUGGUGUUUGCGCCGGAAUGCUCUGGACUGCCCAAGGCGCCAUCAUGAUGGCUUACCCAUCGGAAGAUCGCAAGGGUCGUUACAUCUCGGCGUUUUGGAUGAUUUUCAACUUUGGUGCCGUGAUCGGUUCUCUGAUUCCUCUUGCACAGAACGUUGGGAACAAGGAUGAUAAUGUCACAGAUGGCACAUACGCCGGUUUUAUCGUCUUGACCUUCCUCGGCGCUAUCCUCUCGAUGGGAUUGACCAACGCUGGCAACAUUGUUCGCCGCGACGGAUCAAAGGUGAUUGUCAUGAAGAACCCGUCAUGGACGAGCGAGUUCCUUGGGCUCUGGGAGACUGUCGUGAGCGACCCUUGGGUCAUUCUCCUUUUCCCUCUCUUCUUCAGCUCCAACACCUUUUACACGUAUCAACUCAACAUCAUGAAUGGCGCAUACUUCACCACCCGAACUCGCGCGCUGAAUAACGUGCUUUACUGGACUGCCCAAAUUGUCGGCGCCCUUGUGUGGGGCGGCUGGGCCUGGCAGAAGGAUAGGCCCGCCCGCGGAGAGACCGAAGGGACCGAAAUCGACUGGGAAGAUGGUAGCAAAUUCCUCGCACCUAUGUUUCUCUACUUCUUCUACGGACUGUAUGAUGCCGUUUACCAAACAACCAUCUACUGGUACAUGGGAUCUCUUUCGAACUCGGGCCGCAGGUCCGCAAACUACGCUGGCCUUUACAAGGGACUGCAGAGUGCCGCCGCUGCUAUCUGGUGGGACAUGGAUAACCGCGGAACUGCGUACAACACCAUCUUCGCUGCUACUUGGGGAACCUUGGCCGGCGCUCUCGUGUUUGCCUUCCCAGUCAUCUGGCUCCGAAUCAAGGACACGGUACCGAUUGAGGACGAUCUCAAGAAUACAGAUGCGACUUUGAAGGAUGCCGUUGCCUCAGGUGCGGCACAAGACCGAGAGGCAUGA